UUGGUUGGCUGACGGGGAUAGCGGCGUCAUAGUGGAAGGUUCCCGGAACUGUGUGUGACAGUGAGCGGAGGCUGCAGUCUUUCCCUCUUCUCCCCGGUUCAGGUAGCCGUGUACGGGGAGCGCUCGUGCCUGCUCUAUCCCGCGGUGCUCCACUCUGUAUGCCCCGUGACCGCCGCUGUCUCAUCGUCACAGCUGUCAUUGGUGUCCCCACCCGCUGCCCGCAGACAUGGCCACCCGCUCCGAGAGGGAGAAGGCCCAGAAGCUGAACGAGCAGCACCAGGCUAUACUGUCCCGGAUGUUGCGGGAGGAUGACAACAAGUACUGCGCUGACUGCGAGGCCAAGGGUCCAAGAUGGGCUUCCUGGAACUUAGGAGUUUUUAUUUGCAUCAGAUGUGCUGGAAUUCAUAGAAACCUCGGUGUUCACAUAUCAAGAGUUAAGUCUGUCAACCUGGAUCAAUGGACCCCAGAACAAAUUCAGUGCAUGCAGGACAUGGGAAACACAAGAGCAAGACUGCUGUAUGAAGCUAAUCUUCCUGAGAACUUCAGAAGACCUCAGACAGACCAAUCAGUGGAAUUCUUUAUCAGGGAUAAAUACGAGAGAAAGAAAUACUAUGACAAGAACGCUGCAGCCACUCUCAGUACGUCCUCUUCUGAUGCUGUGCAGCCUUCGGCAUCCUCUCCUUCUCUGCAAGCAGCUGCCGACAAAAGCAAAUUGGAGAAAGAGAAGGAGAAGAAAAGGGAAGAGAAGAAAAAGGAGAGGGAAUCUGAAAAAACUGUGAAACCUGUUGCUAUGGAGAAGGUUGUGAAAAAAGAACCACAGCUAGAGGUUAAAGCCAGUCCAAAGAAAGCACCAGAGAUGACUGUUGAUCUUUUAGGACUUGAUACUCCAGCUGAAGUCCCAGUGUCAAAUGGCAGUGCAUCUACUGCAAGCACGUUAAAUGAUGACCUGGAUAUAUUUGGUCCAAUGAUCUCCAACCCCCUACCAGCAUCUUCAGCAAACACAACACAGGUAACAACCACAGCGCCAGCCGCUGCCAGCAUACCUCAGUCUUCUGGAGACUUAGAUUUAUUCACUGAGCCAUCUACAAAACCUGAAGAAACUGCUAAAAAGCCUUUAUCAAAAGACUCCAUUUUGUCACUUUAUGGUACAACAAGCAUGCAGCAGCCAAACACGACUGGUAUGUUCAUGGGUUCUUCUCCAAUGCAAUACUCCACGCAGCCGACAACCAACUUCCAAGCUUUUCCUCCAAUGGGUGUAGCUGUUCCUGCAACUACUGGCCUGAUGGGUAACAUGAUGGGUCAAGCCAUGCCUGCUAUGGGACAAAACGCUGGAAUGAUGGUUGGCAUGGGAAUACCAAAUGGAUUUGUAGGAAACACUACCCCUGGAGUUAUGGGACUCCCUCCUAAUAUGAUGGGAACACAAGCGGGAAUGGUCACAAAUAUGGGAACACCUCCAAAUAAAUUUGGCAUGCAGCAGAAUCAGCCAGCCCCUUGGAAUUUUGCACAGAUGAAUCAGCAGAUGAGUGGGAUGAGCCUGAAUGGUGCAAGCAAUGUGAUGGCUUUUGGUCAGCCGGCAAACACAGUUGGAGCAGGAUGGUCUGGAAACGCCGCUGGUCAGACUCUAAGCACACAGCUCUGGAAAUGAGAGAAGCCAGCAAACACACAAUAAAGAGGAUCCUCUCGACAUUCCUUGCUUCAAUGCACACAUGCCCCUUGUUUUAAACAUGUAUAUACUCUUCUUUCCCUUCCCAAUGUCCAUAAAAUGAGCCUAUCUGCUCACCUUUGUCAGUUUGAGUCAAUUGGGUUUGAUAUUAUGGAGUAGAAGGUACAUUUACAUAUCAGCAGUUUUCCAUGACCUGUGAUUUUUAACUAAUGUUUCUGAACGAAUGUGUUUUUUUUUUUUUUUUUUGUGCAAUGGUUUUAAAGGAAAUAUAUCAAAGGGUUAUUUAAGGGUACUGGGUAUCAUGUUAGUAAUUGCAAAUUUUCAAAGUGUCACCUUCAGCCACCUCCUUACUUAUCUUGUGAUCCUUACGAAGAAACUGUAGUCAUAUUGAAGUAUAUUUAAUCAUGCAAAUUGUAAGUGUAUCAUUGGGAAUCAUUUGUGUAUCUUUUGGAUGUACAUCUAUCAAUAGUUGUGAUGUAGUUGAUGGUGUCCUGAACAAAGAACACCAUAACGGAGAGAAACAUAAGCCUGGACAGGAGGGUCUGUGAUGUGUUGUGAGGCAAUUUAAUACACCACUGGGUUUUCAUGGAAGAUACAUUGCAUGCAUUCUCUCCCCUCCUUACAGCCCUCAUUGACUUGAAGUGAACAGUAGCAGUUUCUUCAGGGCAAGUACAUCCAGGAUUAUGUCAAUUGGGUUUACAUUUUAAGGUGCCUAGUAUUUAAGAAAUGUUUCCUUCCGUGUAUUAAUCUAUAAGCAUACAGAUUGUUUGUAUUUCAUGUAGCCUCAAAGGGCUAGGGUAUGUUACUUUAUACUGACAUGGAUAAUGGCUAAACUGAGUGCUGUACUCCCGUAAGUGGAAUCCUCUAUAUAUUGUGUUAUGGAAGCUUUACUUUCAUUUGGGUAGGGCAAAGAUCAACACCCCUCAGGUUACUCUGUUGGGAUGCCUCUUAGCAUUACUGAAAAUCCAGUUGAAAAAAACUGUGGUAUGGAACAUGCAAACCAUAUACAAAGAAACAUGUGGUAAAAAGUCCAAAAUAUUCUGAGAUUCUUCUCUGUAACUUGAGGCUUCACCUAAAGGCCAACAUAUCAUCAGGGUAAGCUGAAGAAUGGCAGCUUCUUCAUCAUCUCUUGAAGUCCACAGCUAUGGAUCCAUGGGUAAUUCAUUCUCCAGGACGCUACAAAAUGGCAUUUGAUGAUCAUACCUCAAUUUUAAUUGUAUCCUGAAGACGCUUGGGCUCAUUUGCUAGGUUGACCUUUUCUGUUCGAGUGUGCCACACAAGAACCUGUAAUGAAAUUGUACAAAAAAGUUAUAAUCUUGUGAUAUGCUGCUUUUGCAAAGAAACAAAACUUCCAUUCUAUAAAGCUAUGUGGAUGAGUAUGUUUUACUUGUUUACUUUCUCCUCUGAAGCAUUAUGUAAUAGGUCCUCUACCCUAGGGGUCAUUAGAGAUCUCACCUAGAACUUUUUUUUAUCAGGACUUGUCAGUGCUCUUUAUUUAUCUAUUAUAGGUUCCUGUUACAAAAUGCAUUGGUUGAUAUACAACUUUAUUUUGUCCCAUCACCUCUAUACAUACUCAAGACCAUCAAAAAAAAACUGACAAUUUUCUGAUUUUAAAUUAGAGCCAGAAUGAUCAUCUUGUAACUUGCUCCACAGAUUGACCUGGUAUUAUUUUUACUUCUGAUUUCUAAAGGUUUUAAUUUUAUAUUUUUUUCAUCCAUUUGUUUUAGUUAUAGUUAGAGCAGAAUCUCCAAGAAACAGAUUCUUAGUUUUAAUUUUGUUUCAUUUCAUCAGGUCGGUCUGGAGUUCACACACACACUGUUAUUAUCAGUGCUUCUCUUGACUCUUGGGAAGUUGUAACUGGUGUGCAUAUAUAGCAGUGGAAUAGUAGCACAGUUCCUCUUCGAAGUAUGACUUGAUUCAGUUCUUACAUGUCUUGUCCCUCUGUCAUUUUUAGAGGUAUGGAUUGGAUGUAGUAUUACAUAAACUAUGAUGAACAAGGUAUCUGCAGAAAAAAAUAAAAAUUCAAAUGUUGCAAUUCA